AUGUCGGCCGUUAGCGAGUCCACUGCUGCUGCUGCUGCUGGGGCUGGGGCUCCUGCUGGGGCUGCCGCUUCUUCUUCAUCUUCUUGGGCCCAUGAUCCGAUUUCUAUUCCUUUCUCCAUUCUCACUCCCCCUGCUACAACCCCAGACAAGAAGCCCUCACAGAUCAAGUUCUACCGCCCGGCGCAGAUGGCGCUUUUUGCGCACAUCGUCACAUACCCUCCCUUGGCCCAGGCGUCGAUUAUUCCUCCCAGUCGUAAGCAGUUCAACUUCACUGUUAUUUUAGAAUCCUCAACAUCACUGCCUGAGCGGCCGUGGGAAGUGUCGAUAUGGUACGACCAUGGCGCAUACAGCGGCACCAAAGAGCCCUGGCAGGCACUCGAUCUCCAACUGGUGCACCCCGGCCCGUUCUCCAUGCACGCUGACCACACCGGUAAACUCCACCGAUAUGCAUUCUCGGGCAGCCUCAGCAGCCCUUUCCCACCCAGCGAAAAAGUCCACCGUGGUCGUCGCGUUCCCUUUACGGUUCGAUAUCGCAUCGACCCGGACUCACAGUGGCAAUGGGUCUAUCACAACUUUGGCAUUGCCGACGGCGAGCUCAUCCUCCAACCCCCGGUCGACCCGAACUUCCUCGGCGUCACUCCUAUCGACCUGAAGCCUGGCUGGUCCGCACGGAAACUCAUUAGCGAAUCACCAGACGCUCGCCUCUACUUCAUCGAGUCCUCCGACCCCAUCGCCCCUGCUCCAGAAGGCCAGGAUGCAAAAGCCUCAGCUCGCGUCCUAGGCCGUGUCCUGCAACUGCAUCGAUGGUUCGCCCUCGUGCGCAUAUGGUCGCCCUGGCUGGGUCCACGUCAUGGCACGAAUCGCUUUCACCUCUCGGAGCCGGCUAUUGUUGUCUCCUUCCUUCGCUCUGACGGCCUGCACGUUGUGCUACUAGCCAUCAAUGGCAUCGAUGACGUCCUCACCACCAUUUCAUCAACCCCCGAAGGCGAAAUAGUCAUCCAAGCGCGGAACGACACACUUCAGCCUCGCAAAUUCAAAGUUCUCACCGCCUGCGCCUGGAAGUUCGAGGUCGCUCUGGCCUCUGUCAUGUACGAGAUGCGCAAGCUGGUACGCACCUCGGCCGCCUACCAGCAAAGCCUCGAGCAUUUCCCGAAAGAGCUACUGCAGCAGAUGCGCGCCCACUCCAUCUCUUCUGAGAGUGAGUACGCCUUGGUCAGUGCUGACGACGCCGCCUCCGCUCACACCGGAACGAACGGAUCCAACUCCAAUGCCCCCGUUCCCCAGUAUCUCCAGUCCUGGUACGAUUCCCUCGCCUACUGCACAUGGAACGGUCUGGGACAGGAUCUGAACGCGGACAAGAUCCUCGGAGCUAUGCAGUCGCUGGCAGACGCGGGUGUCAAGCUCUCCACCCUCAUCAUCGACGACAACUGGCAAUCUCUUACCGGCACGCAAGGGGAGACCAAUCAGUUCUCACGCGGCUGGACACGUUUCCAGGCCAACGCCGAAGGAUUCCCGCAGGGCCUCAAGGCAUUCACGGGCACGCUGCGAGAGCGCUUUCCUUGGAUCAAAGAUGUCGCGGUAUGGCACGCAUUGAUGGGGUACUGGGGCCUGGUGGCGUCGGACGGGGAGAUCGCGGGCACGUACGCCACGCGCGGGGUGAAAAUGGAAGAAAGCAGUCCUGCGGGCGGGUCCAAAACAGCCGUGGACGCCGAAUCCAUACAUGAUAUGUACGCGGCCUUCUACACGUUUCUGGCCGAGUCGGGUGUCACGGGCGUCAAGACAGACGUACAGUUCUACCUCGACACGCUGAGCGGAUCGCGGGAGCGGCGCGAGUUGACGCUGCCGUACCUAGCGGCAUGGACGCAGGCGCAUCUGCGGCACCUCAGCGGCAAGGCCAUCAGCUGCAUGAGCAUGACGCCGCAGAUUCUGUUUCACCUGUUCCUGCCGACGGACACGCCGCGGAUCCUGCUGCGCACGAGCGACGACUUCUUCCCGGACGUCGAGAGCAGUCAUCCGUGGCACGUGUUUUGCAAUGCGCACAAUGCGGUGUUGGUGCAGCAUUUGAAUGUGUUGCCGGACUGGGACAUGUUUCAGACGAAGCCGGCUACGGGAAGCGAGGAGUGGGAUUAUGCGGCGUUUCAUGCGGCGGCCAGGUGUGUUAGUGGAGGGCCGAUUUACAUUACUGACGAGCCGGGAAGGCAUGAUGUGGCGUUGAUUGACAUGAUGAGCGCGCGGAGUGUGAGGGGGGAAAGAGUGGUGCUUCGACCCAGUACCGUGGGAAAGACCAUGGGCGUCUAUGACCGAUAUGAGGAGAAGGGCGUGCUCAAGGUCGGGUGCUACGACGGUGGAGCAGAGUGGGGUGUAGGUAUUCUGGGCGUGUUCAACAUGGACGAGAAGGAGAUCAGCUUUGCGUUGCCUAUCACGAAGUUCCCAGGAUGCGAGCCGGAGGAUGAAGGGCUUCAAAACCCAAGCAGAAGGGGAAGCGAACAUGAGCGCAUUCUGGGGUCGAGACCACCAAGCGGGCCGAGCAGCGUCAUGGGAGAUGCAGACAACAAGCGGUGGGUGGUGCGGAGCCAUGGCAGUGGGAAGGUCACGCGGCCGAUGCAACCCACGACACCGUUAGAAAGUGGCGCGCUGCUGCACUGCAAGCUACCUCGGUGCGGAUUUGACGUGUGGAGCGCGGUCCCCGUGAGGACGGUAGAAAUGGGGGAUGGAGGGGAGGUAGAGGUGGCGGUGUUGGGUCUGCUUGGGAAAUUUACGGGAGCGUGCGCGUUGGUGAGCAGUGAGGUUGGUGCGAGCGAGAAUGGGAAGCGUGUCAAGGUGGAGGUCGCCUUGAAAGCCUUUGGAGUGCUGGGACUUUGGAUAUGUGAUGCCGACAGCGAGAAGACAAAGGACCAAGAUCGGUGGCAAAAAGGUGGAAUGAUGGUGAUGAUCCAGGGCCAGGCCGUGCCGGAAGACUGCGUAGAGGUCAGCAGUGAAGGAAUCAGAGAAGGCGAUGCUGCGAGGAUAGUCAAAGUGGACGUGGAAAAAGCAUGGGAUGAGAUGGAGCUCGACUCGGGAUGGAGCAAUGAGGUUCGCAUCGAGGUGUUUGCUUCAUGA